UGCUGGUGGGGUUGGCUUCCUUCCAAAUAAUUAUCAUACGCGCAGAAGAUGUACCCUGAUUUCUUCCUCUCUACCUUUCCAUCUUGUAGCUCUCUAGCUCCUCGGUGACCUGCCAUGCCUCCUAUACUUGAAGUUCCCGGGGAAGCAAAUCCUUUGUCACGCCAGACCAUUUUAAACGCUCUCUUGGCUGCAUCGUCCAACACCCAGGUCCAGGUGCAAGCUGGUACACAGCAGCUUCAGAACUGGGAGAAGGAGGAUGACUAUUACAUUUUCUUGCAGGACGUUUUUACUGAUUACUCCGUCCCCGAACAAGCUCGUUACCUCUCAGUCAUUCAACUCAAGAAUGGCGUCGAUAAAUACUGGCGGAAAACGUCACCUAACGCGCUUAAGCCCGACGUUAAACAGCGGAUUAAAAGUAGAGCUCUUGAUGCCGGGCUGGUAGAGCCAGCACCGCUUCUUGCUCUCCACAAUGCUCUCAUGAUUGCAAAGAUCCUGCGCUAUGAGUUCCCUACGGAAUGGCCCGAUGCUAUCACCAAAAUUACCCAGCUACUUCAUUCAUCUGUCGAGCCAGGCGCCAAUUCAAUACAACUGUCACGGUCACUUCUUAUACUCCUACAAGUUGUUAAAGAACUGUCGACGGGCAAAGUGUUACGGAUCAGAAAGGGUUUCCAGCUUUUGGCCCCGGAGUUAUUUCGCACACUUGCGAAUAUUUAUGUGCAAAGAGUGGAAAGAGUAUCUCGCCUAUUGAAUGGAGAUACUACAGAUGGCGCUGGUGCGUUAGAAGCCGUCGAGCAAACUUUGAUCGCUUUGAAAAUCAUCCGUCGCUUGAUUAUCUCAGGGUAUGAGAAUCCUAACAGGAAUACCGAUGUCCAACAAUUCUGGGCACUCACUCUAACACACUUUGCGAAUUUUGUCAACAUUUCGAAACAACAACCGGCCAACCUAGAUACCCAUUUUACGGCACUGAUAGGGAAACAUGCCAUUCAGUUAUCGAAACUUCAUCUAGCGAUGGCUAAAGACCACCCAGCUGGGUUCGCAUUGCUUCCCCAAUCCAUUGACAUGGUUAAAUUUUAUUGGGACCUGGUAACAGAACUCGGGAAGUCAUAUGGCUCAAGUGACCUUUCUCAGCUGAGGAUUGAGACUGGUGGUGACGCCGACAGUAAAGAGAAGACACUCUUGGAGAAACUUGGGCUUAAGGGACUUCUUUUGCUCAGAGCUUGCGCAAAGCUUGCCUUUCAUCCAGUUCAGACCUUUAAAUAUCAGCAUCCUGAAGAUAAAGAGGAGCGAAACUCAGCGGUUCAGCUAAUCAAGAGCCAAUUAUUUGUAGAAGGUUUUGCUGUUCAGGUUAUGGAGCUACUGGUUACCCGCUUUUUCGUAUUUCGAGCAGGUGACCUGCGAGAAUGGGAAGAGGAGCCUGAGGAAUGGGAGAAACGUGAGGAGGAAAUAACUCAUGCGUGGGAAUUCUCUAUCCGCUCUUGUGCUGAGAAAUUAUUCCUCGAUCUCAUAGUUCACUUCAAGGAUUCAUUGGUCCCUAAGCUUUUAAAUGUGUUUUACUCUUACGCAACUCCACAGAAUCACGACAUAUUGCUGAAAGAUUCCCUUUACUCUGCAAUUGGGCUGGCGGCUGCAUGUUUGGAGAAGACAUUGGAUUUCAAUGCCUUUUUAAUAUCUACACUUAUCCCUGAAGUUCAAAUCCAGCAACCAGGGUAUUAUAUCCUCCGGCGGAGAACUGCCAUUUUACUUGGCCAAUGGGUGCCGGUAAAACCUAGCGAGUUGGAUAGAGAUUCUAUCUAUCGGAUUUUCCAGCACCUUCUCAAUAAAGAUGACCCUACAAACGACCAAGUAGUAAGAAUCACUGCUGGUCGGCAACUAAAAGCGGUCCUGGACCCAUACGAGUUCACCGCUGAAGGCUUCCUGCCAUUCGCACCUCCAAUACUACAGUCCUUGAUGAACUUAAUCCAAGAAGUUUCGUUGCCAGAGACGAAAAUGGCCUUGCUUGAGACUGUUAGAGUAGCCGUAGUGAAACUUGAAGACCACAUAUCCCCAUAUGCGGAUCAAAUUGUUACUCUUCUGCCAUCUCUGUGGGACCAGUCUGGAGAGGAACAUUUGAUGAAGCAAGCAAUAUUGACCCUCCUGUCUUCCAUCAUCCACUCCAUGAAACAAGAAUCCGUUAGAUAUCAUCCAUUAGUUCUCCCGCUCAUCCAGAAAUCAAUCGAGCCCGGAUCGGAAUCCCUCGUAUACCUACUGGAGGAAUCCCUUGACUUGUGGUAUGCUGUGUUAGCGCAAACUCCAAGCCCGGCUGGUUCACAGAUUCUCUCUCUCUUUCCAUCCCUUUUCCCUGUUUUCGAAAUCGGAACCGAAAGCGUUCGACAGGCUCUCGAAAUCACGGAGUCUUACAUACUGUUAGCUCCGCGGGAAUUCCUAGAUGGACAAGUCCGCUUCCGCCUUCUUACAGCGUUAGAAUCUUUUCUAGGGCCGAAUGUGCGCCCACGUAUCGGCUUGGUCCCUUAUCUUGCGUCAGCACUGAUACGGAUUGGAGAGACUUCUCCCGAGGCAAAAGAACAAACCUAUACGCUGAUUGCGGAGUCGUUUGUUAGCAGUUCUUUCUUGCGGACUCUUCUUGCCGGUCUGAAUGAUGCGCACGAGGCGAGCUUCUCCACCGGCCCGAACAAAAGGUACUCACCCAUUGAUGGUGUUGCGGAAACUGAUCACUUCUCCGUGCUUGCAAGGCUUGCAUUGGCCAAUCCAGGGGUCUUCAUGUCAGCUGUCAGGGCCGCAACGUACCCUGUCCCUGAAGAACAAACACUUAAAUGGAUACUAGAAGAGUGGUUUUUCCACUUUGAUGGCAUCGGCGAUAUAGCGACUAAAAAGCUCCAUACCCUAGCAUUAACCCAUCUCCUCUCUAUAAACGGACCUUCAUCCCCGCCGCCAGCUUAUCUUCUCAAUAAUCUUCAAUCCUAUCUUAGCAUUUGGACCGAUGUGAUCACCGAGCUAGCCGAUGACGGAGAUAAUAUGGGUGGUCAGGCAGGUGACUACCUGGUGAAUUUCAACAGUAGCAGCACGUAUAAUCCCGAAGGAAAGUACCAGGAAAACGAACCUCCUGAAACCACCCGUCGUCGUGUAUGGACUCUUGCCGAUCCCAUCCACCAGAUCAAUAUACGUGAUUAUGUUACCGAGCAUCUCCGUGCUCUCGUCGAAGUGUGCGGCGGCAUCGAUCGAUUCCGUGAAGAGUGGCUAGUCAACGUGGAUAAGGAAGUGGUGAAUGAGUUCGCAAAAUUGGGUGUUUUCUAGCAUGCCCGCUGCAUAACUUUCCUCAUGGUUCGCUUUUCGAGUUGGCAUCGGAUGGUGGCGUCAAGACAGUGGCGUUUUAGAUCGAGGUGAUUCGGCUUGGAUGGAAUGCUUCUUCGUUCAGCGCCAUGAUUAGAUGUGUAGAUCCUCCAUGUAGACACUCUC